AUGGAGACCAGGGAGGACAAAUCCCCACAGCAGAACCUCAUGGAAGAGGCCAUUUUGAAUGGCUCCACAGUGCAGGAAUCCAAAGGGGAGGAAAAGCCUGGGAGAGCCCAGAGGAGGAGGGGCUCCAAACCCAGCCCAGGGUGCUCUGAGGAGGAAAGACCCACCCCGAGCCAGGAAGGCAGCUGGAGAUCCAACCAGAGCUCAGAGCUGGUGGCUCAGGAGCAGCUUCAUGACAGUGAGAGGCCCCAUGAGUGCUUGGAGUGUGGGAAGCGCUUCAGGAAGAGAUUCAACCUGACCUGCCACCAGAGGAUCCACACUGGGGAACGGCCCUACGAGUGCUUGGAAUGUGGGAUGAGUUUCAGCCACAGGUCUGACCUGGUUGUCCACCAGAGGUUCCACACUGGGGAGAGGUCCUAUGAGUGCCCCGAGUGUCAGAAGAGGUUUCACACCAGCUCCCAUCUCCUUGUACAUAAACGAAUUCACACAGAUGAGAGGCCCUUCUGCUGCCCCGACUGCGGGAUGGGCUUCAAGCACAACUCCACCCUCGUCACCCACCGGCGCAUCCACACUGGGGAGAGGCCCUACGAGUGUCCCCAGUGUGGGAAGAGCUUCUCAGACCGCUCGUUCUUUACCCGACACCAACGGAGGCACCGGUAAGGGAAGCCCUGUGAGAGCCCCGACUGCAGGAAGAGCUUCGUGCACUGCUCCAACUUCAUCCCUCAUUGGAAAAUCCACGUUGGGAAGAGCCCUGGUGAUCCAUGUUCCCUGUGAUCCAUGCUGGGAAGACACCUGUCCAUUUCCCUGCCUCUGCCAAUGACCUGAUGUAGAAUUGAGGAACAUCAGGGUCUGGCCAUGGCCGUGGCAUUACAUUCACUCCCACCUCAGGUCAUUGCCAGGGGCAGGGACUUCCUCUCUCU